AAUUGGGAUAUUAUGUCUUUAACUAUUGGUUAGUUUUUAGUUAACUAUUUACACUACAAAAAUUCAAUCUAUGAAUUACAUGAAGAUUUUUCCGGGGAUUAGUAUGAAAAUUUAAGUUUCAUGCGAUUUUUCUUAUUAAUUCUAAGGACAAUCCCAUGUAAUCUUAGUUGCGCGGACUCUUCACUUUUGAUGCCGCAUCCGUGUCGGAUUCUCCAAAAAUACACUACUUGUAGCGAAUCUGACACGCAUCCAUUGACAUUUUUGAAGAGUCCGAGCAACAUAGCAUGUAAUUCACAGUUUUCUUAUGGUGUUAAGCGCGAGUGAAAGAAGUUGAUUUAAGCAUUGGAUGUUCUCCUAAAUAUCCAAACCAUACUAGGAUGAGGUAUCUAUGUGGAAGGAAGAAACAUGGAAAUUCAGAUUAAACAUUGAAAUGAAUGUGCUUAAUUUUGAACUCAAGUUACCUUGGCAUCUUUGCUUCCUUUACCUGAACACUUUUACUUGCGUUAUUCCUUUGCCUUUAGGACAAAUGAUUUAUGGAUAUUCCUUUCCCUCUAGGAACUAUAUCCAAUUAAUUAACAUCUUAAAACUGAUAAAUAUAUCCCUUCCCUGUUCCUCCUCAUACACAAAAUUAAUUAGGUCCUUGAGUUUUGAGACGAAAAAUUACAAAAGUAGGACAAAUUUUUGCAAAGAUGAGGGCACAGUUGCUCUCUUUGGCAACAAUUUUGGUUCUAAGUUUCAUAGCUGAAAAAUGCAGACAGUUAGUCGGAGAAGAAUCAGCUUCGAGAAGCAGAAGAGAAAGAUUCACAUUCAUAAACUGCUUCGACAUGAGUUAUGGAACCAUAGGCUGCAUACUCAAGGAAUUGGUGAAGAUUUAUUUACACUACAUUAGGGCAACUCAUGUGCACAAGGUUAGAAAUGAAGCAACUAAAGAAGCAGUUCAAGAAAGCUUGUCUAGAGGACUAAGUCUUGAAGAUGCAGUGAGAACAGGGCAACAAGUUGGAAAUGCUGUGGCAAAAAGAGCAUCUUUACAAGCAAAACAUAUUAUGGGGCCAAUGGUGUCAUCAGGAUGGGACUUUUUUGAGACUAUAUAUGUUGGUGGUACAUUGUAUGAGGCAAUGAUUAGAAGUGUUGGCACAUUGAUGGGGUCAUAUAUUGGAGGAAUUAUUGGGGAAGGGAAAAAUAGAUGGUUGGGUUUUCUUUUGGGAAGCCAAUUUGGUAGUUGGAUUGGUGGGAGGUUGGGUCUAAUAUUGUAUGAUGUGGGAAAUGGGCUGCAGUUUCUACUUCAACUCACUAAGACUAAUAAGAGUGAUGGAGAAAGUAAUUCACUCUUGUUGAUUUCUAGUUAGUGAAAGAAAGAAAGAACUUCCCUAUGUAAAUCUUAAUAUUCCUUCAUUAUGUCAAGGUUUAAACUUGUUGUAAAUUCAUUACUUAUCACUAUUUUUUAAAAAAGAAUUGGAAACUUA